AAUGACCUCACCGGGCCAGCAGAAAGGAAGUGUUUGAAAUAUGGUAAGCUGAGUGGUUCACACGCAUUGGCGAGUACACGGCUUUGUAUCUGUUAACAUGUGUUAAUUUAAUGCCAAUCUACCUACCAUGCAUUUGUGAUGAAGUACACAAAUCAACAACUUAAAAUUCUUGAAACAUGAGGAUUACCAGAAGAUUCACCUUGACGUUCGUUUUCUUAAUCGACUGGUGACCUGUGACCAUGACCAUAACUGCUGUGUGACUUGCUCAGGGAUGUAUCAGCAACUGACACAUCCUCAUUCACAUCAUCAUCUGUAUCAAAAUCCACAAAACAGUAGGCAGAAACAGAAAGAAGAAGCAUGCGGGAGAACUUACUUCCCAAAGGAACUUGUGAAGUCAUCUCACACUUCUUUGAUUUCGUGUGAUGAAAGAUGGCACUGGGCGCAACGCACAUCAGUGUGGCAGGUUUUGACCUGCCCAUGGAUGAAAAUGCUAAUGGAUACCCCUGGGGUCUUAUUCAGCCUCAGGAGCUUGCCAGACUGUUGAGCAGUGGCACAGAGAAGAUGCUUGUCGUGGACAGUCGCUCUUUCCUAGAAUUUAACACCAGCAACAUCCAGCAGUCUGUUAAUGUCAGCUGCUCUAAACUGGUGAAGCGUCGGCUACAGCAAGACAAGGUCCAUAUCCGAGAGCUGUUGAGUCAGACCUGCCAUGUGGACACAGAUGACACUUGGGAUGUGAUUGUGUAUGACCAAUGUACUGAGGACCCCGGCAUCUUCACCACAGACAACUUUGUCCAUGUCCUGCUACAAAAGCUGGCCUCCACAUUCAACAGUGUCAACUUCCUGUCAGGAGGCUUUCUAGCAUUUCAAGCAAUGUAUCCAGGGUUGGUUGAGAGCAAAGUGAACAGUAGUUACCGAUGUACAGCUCUGACCUCACUCUCGCAACCCUGCCUGCCAGUCAGUAACAUGGGUCCCACUCGCAUUCUGCCAUUUUUAUACCUGGGCUCUCAGCAGGAUGCAUUGUCUCUUGAAACAGCACAGAUCAAUGGCAUAAACUAUGUGCUUAAUGUUAGCACAAACUGUCCCCGCCCUCCACACGUACAGGAGGGCCACUUCUACCGCAUUCCCAUCAGCGACAACUAUAAUGAAAAGAUUCUUCCUUUCUUUCCUGAUGCAUUCCAGUUUUUGGACAAAGUCCAUGAGGCAAAUGGUUGUGUGCUAGUACACUGUCUGGCUGGCAUUUCACGCUCUCCAACCCUUGCAAUAGCAUAUAUCAUGAAGCAUAUGCGCAUGUCAUCCGAUGACGCCUACAGGUAUGUAAAAGAUAAACGGCCAACUAUCUCACCCAAUUUCAACUUCCUGGGCCAACUUUUGGAAUAUGAGGCACUAGUGCGGCGAGAAGAGGAAGAGGAACGGCUGAAAGCUCAGGUGAUGGGGGCUGAUGAGGGCCCCACUCAACCUGCCAUCAGUGAACACCCGUCACCAGUUGCCAUGGAUCUGCAGGUCUGCAGUCCCCUAUCACCUGGACCAAGCUCAUCGCAUUCUUGUACCUCUUUCUUCCUUGAUCAGGAAACGGGCUUUCCUGGUCCAUGCAUUGAAGCCAGCGACAGGGCUACGAACAGCACCAUCGGCACCAGUGACAGUCAGUCGUGCAGCUUGCCAUUGUUGCAGUCAGAGACCUCACUUCCUGGGCUUCCUUCUCAGACUGCAAAUCUUCCUGCACCUUUUCCUGGGCCAUGUGAUGACCAGCCAUCUACAUGCUGCUCCAGGUUUACAACCUCCAGCACUCUGUCAGAACCACAACAGCCUCAACACGUGCCCAUGACUGGUUCUCCCUUUCCUGGUCCACCAGACUCUGCUUCUGGUAGUUUACCACACCAGGGACCACGCUACAAACUCAAGUCUGACUCUGGGGAAAAGUUAAGCUGUGUGGGGCGAGUGCCUAGUGUGUGUGACUUUCCUGUUGCUGGCCCUGUAGUCAAGGGACUUAGUAAUGGUCUUCAUACAAAUUUUCAUCCCCUUGUUGGUGGGAAGAUCUUCCCAAACUCAAGGAAAACAGGGUUAGGCAGCCAGAGUAUGGAUUGCAUCGCUAGUGCAGCUGUGUCCCAAGCAGGGUUUUUCACCUUGACAAAGAAGACACUAAGUGCAGCACAUCUCAGAGACUUCAGUUGUUUAGAGUCAAAACAAGUGCAGAAAAACUUUCAUCAGAAUUCAGCACCUCUCUCGUUUCAAACUGACUCCACUGCUGGAAGUUUGCCCCACAGUGCAUCCCACAUAGAGAGUAGUUCUCGAACUUGUGUCACAUUUUCCUCAGGUCCCUUCAAACCAUGGGCAAAUCCUCUGGAACGCCCUUUCACAUUGGAUCUCAGUCCAGUGUCAGAUGUGGAAAAAGAUUCUGAUAUCAGCAGUUCAGAGCCCACCACGCCUGACAGACCUGUUGUGAUUCCACCAUCAUCACUGCCACUUAAAAAAUUGGAAGGUGGUGCGGUACGGUUGCAUAGAGUUGCUAAACCAAUGCAGUUGAACAUCAGCACGCCACCACUGCACAUGCUUCCCUCUCCAACAUCAGCUAUGGCACGCCUUAAUGUAUCUGCUGUCUCUCCCAACCAGGAGUCGCCCUUGCAUGUUCCAGAGGCAGUCAGAGCCUCUCACAAUUCUCAGGACCUUUCAUUGGUAACUGAAGAGUUACCAUUCUAUCGCUUCCCUACCACAUCAUUAGACCAGUUGAAUUUUACACCCUGCUAUGUGCCCACCAGUGAUGGGACAUCUUUCCUUACCUCCAACCAAAAGCAGACCAAAGCAUCAGUUCUGCCUCUUGUGCCUGAUAAUGCUAUCCCUCAGCUUUACGCCAAUCACACACAAACCAGGACUGGAGGCAUGAAACGCACCAUCAGUGCAACCAUCUGUGAGACCAAGCCUUCGGAACCCACGUCUCCCAUGUCCAUCAGCAGCCUGGGGUCGCCAACUGGUUCUUUGGUGUCCAUUGGGUCUCCUACCAGCUCCCUGCCUGCAAAGAUGGCUCUUCGUAGCAAAGAGACAAGUCGGUCCUGGCGACAGCAAGAAGAGUCGCCUUCCGAAUCCGGGUCUGGUGGAUCGGGAGAUCCCACUUCUCCAAUGUCCAUCUCUAGCAACAGCAGCUCCUCUGGGAGCUCAUCCAUUUCCUCACCAACAUCCAGCAGCACUGCCGCAGUGAGUGUUGUGAGCACCAAGGUUGUGCUGCGGUCACGGGACAAGUCAAAACACAACAGUGUGCGCCCUAACAGCAUUGCCUUCUCAUCUUACCCAACAUUUGAUUUGGGUGCCGAAAACUCUGCCUCUCCCUCAGCUUUCGGGGUGGGAUCAUCUUCACAUGACGACACCUCAGAGGCCUACAUGGCUGGAAACCACCACAAGAAGCUGCGGUCCAGUGGCACAAACUCAGAACCGAGUUCAGAGCGUAAGUUUCGUUGGGGACGUUACUCCGAGCGAGAGGUUUAUCGUCAGAUUACAGCAGCCAUGGAGAAUGCCAUGCUUCGGACGCAAGUGUAUGAGGCAUCUCGCAAAGCUCGCAGUCUGGAUGACAUUCUAGCCUCGGAGGAUUUGCACAUGGGUUCUGUGUGCCAGUGCACUGUGUUUUCUCAGGUGCCUCGUCGGUGUGGAGUGCCGGUGGGGCUUGACCACUUCCCUCCCUCCCAGUGCUGCUGUGGUGCAGCCACUGAGCCAUACCAGUCCAACUCUAGCAUAUCAUCAGGUGGCAGCCAUGGUUCUCUUCACGGCAGCAUGGAGAUCAUUCAGCUUCCACGCUGAAUGGUAAGUUUGAUUUGAUUGGCUGACUGAGGAUUCCCUCCCCUUCUCAACUCACAAUCCAGAGCUCUGAUUGGUUGACAGCUUCGUGCCAACCAGUGCCUUGAAUAAGCAUGUUGCUGAAACAAAAAAUCACAAGUGAAAUGGGUGUUUAGUUGAUGAUUUGGAUCAGGAAAGGGGUGUUGGAAGAAAAACAACUGCCAGUUCCUACUAUGUUUUACUGUUUUACAGUUGCCUCUCUUUUGGACCUCUAUUAAUCAGCCUUUACACCUUAAAACUGUCUCAUUCUGGGUGAUCUCCCUGAGCAAGAUAGACUUGAAGAUGGUGAUUCCUGGACCAUUUUGGUCAUGCUGCAUUAGCAGGUAUCCAAAAAGAAUCUGUAUAAGUUUUUGACAGUUAACCUCCCUUCUGUAUUCAGACAUCUGGCUGCACUGUGAGUGAGAGUGUUUGUGAGCAUUGCUGGGUGCAUUUGCUGAGGGUUUGUGGUAACAGGAUUGCAUGCUCCUGCUAUACAUUUCUGAGGUCAGGUUGCAAAAAAAAAAAAAAAGCUUGCUUACAUUGAUGGUCCCUGGUUUGACCACUAGACACUUGAGAUCCAUUUCUGAAACUGUCUAUUAUAUGUGUACACUUUAGCAUGUACUGUCAGACAUACAAUUUUAUUGUAGAAAUUAGUAGUUGAAACUGGAUAAAGGUGACAAUGGAUGAAGGGUGGGGAGAGAAAUAGGAACUGUUGCUAACAAAAUCUAACACCUGCCCUUUAAUAAAAGGCCAUCUUGUUAACCCUGUAUUUAUUAGCAUUUAAUGCAAUGAACUUUGUUGUAACACCCCACUUAACAGGGACACAUUUGUUGUGUAUUGUCUGAAGGCUGCUUACAACAUUGAGCAGAGCACAUGCAGCUCAGAUGUUUUGAAAUUUUCUGCGCCACAUUUUAUGUUGUUUUUGGUGCACUUUUUUGUGCAGCAUGCAAAGAAAUCCUGGAAAAUUUGUAAAAAGAUGUGAACAUGGUUAUUUAGCAUUUUUCGACCUUUUCUGACUAAACUCACUCUCCUUGCUUCUAGUUUUAAAAAAUGUGGUCACAUCACACCAUUAUGCUUCCAUCCUGGUCAGAUGUAUUUCAGGGGCUUAUAUAUUUGUAUAUGCAUCAGUUCUCUAUAGGGAAAUAGGAGGAACUUUUCAAAGAGCUGUAUAAACCAAUAAAAGCUGGAAAUUCUGUGACAAUGCCUUCAUAAAUAUAUUGGAUAGUUUAAGAAGAUUUAAGGGAAGAUACUGCUUUAAGGGCUGAAAAUUUUAUAGAGAACAGUCACUAUCUGAGACAGAUGGUUGAUGGUGGGAGUAUACUGAAUAAGGGUACCAACAUUGAAACAAAAAGCAGUUAGGACUUUGUAAGUUAUAAUUUUACAGGAUAUGUUCAGACUGUGUUUUGUGAUGAUUAAUCAAAGAUCCUAAAACAAAGAUAGCUCAUGAGGUGAAUUAGCACAAAGUUCACAAGGUACAGAGCACCCCAAGCAGCAGAGGCAAAGACCUGUGGAAGAGACACUUUGACUAGACAGUAAACAACACGUAAUGCAAGGAGCAGUUACCUGUGUUUUCUCUCUCUAUUUUUUUUGCCUAGAAACCUUAUAUCUUUUGUAUGCAUAGAGAUAAUAUAAAAUGGCUUAAUAUUUAUAGUUUUAAAAAGAUUUAUCCAAAGCAUUGAUUUUUGUUUUUGUAAGACUACUCUUUCCCAACCCAUCCUGCUCUUUAUGUUUGUGUACCUGUUAAGUCUGGUGCUGGUGCACAUAAGAACACGCAAAAAAAUGAGCUUUGAAAAUAAUGCAUUUAAAUUGUUUUUUUUUAGACAAGCGUAUGUGAAAUUCAUUGCAUGUCUGAAUAUUAUUAGGUGUCACUCACAAGUUUCACACCCAAAAAGUCUUUGCUUGGGGGGCAGAAAGUUCUGGAAGCAACCAUCAUGAUCUAUCUUUGGAUUAAGAAAUGCAUUUAAGACUAGUAAUGUAUGAGAACUGAUUGGGUAUAACAGCUUUGGUCAAUUCACAAGGGUAAGAAACCUUGUUAAUGAUAUGAUGUCAGAGGCUGGGUUAUGUGAUUUGUUAGUAUUUGUGCAAGAGAUUUUUUUUUGUGUGUUGGUUUAAAGCUGUUGUGUCUCACAAACACCACUUUUGUAAACCUUACCUGUACCCAGUUAUGUAAUUGUUUUUUUAAGGGUUGGGACUUAAAAAAAAAUUAAAAUGCGCUUGUUAGGAAACUCGGAAAGGGAGAGAACUACCCUCCACUGAUUAUUGAGAAUGAUGAAUGUUGUUAUCUACCCAUUGCAUGGCUUCCACUUUUCCACUUGGUAGAUGUCCUUUUCCUUGGUAACCCACUUUGUGCCCUUUAUGUUCUAAAAGUGUUUAAUUUGAUUUAAGACAGUUUGGUUCUGCACCCUGAAUGAUUUUUUUUUUUGUGUGUCAUUAAACAUCUUGUGGCUAUGCCCUCCUCAGUUUUGAGCUGUUUUGUUUUUUGGUUCUGAGUGGUGCAAUUUGCUUGUAGCGUAUGUGGUUUCCCACUCCCUUUCUUGGCAUGAAAUCCAUAUUCUGUUUCUGGUAAGAUAGUAUAAACUGGUAUGUGUGUGUGCAUAUGUGGUUGUGUGUUCAGUGUAUAUGCUAGUAUACUUAAAGGUGUUUUUCUGCAUACAUCUGCAUGAACAAUAUUCCACAUUCAGAAGUGUAUAUUAUCUGUGGUUAUCCCUAUGCGUGUUUUGCAUGCACAUGUCAAUACAUGCAUGUGUGUGCUUGUGCAUGAGAGAAAAUAAUCAUGUAAAUGAAUCCUUGCAGAAACAGAGUGGACAUAGAGCUCUUAAUCACCAGGUUGGUGACCAUGGAGCAUCAACAACUUCUAGCUGGCCAUAAAGCAGAACUUGCAGAACAUCCUGAUUCCAGAACUUAACCUACAUUUUCUGACACUUGAAGAAAUGUGUGAACAAAUGUGAAAUUGUUGUCUAGAAAAGUAUAUCUUCUGUUUUCCUGGUAAUGUAAAUUACGUAUUCAUGCAUGUAUGCACUUAAAGUGCAUUUGUGCAUACACAAACACAGACGAAAGCACAACAAAUUUUCAUUUACUCGCAAAAAAUUAUUCUGAGUUGUUACAUAAUCAGUACAUAUUAUGGACUUUCGCUGCUUAAGCACUGUAGACAGGUUCUGUAGAUAAUAUUUGUGUUUUAUAUAGUGGAUUCAUUUAUCCGUUGUUAAAUUUCCCUGAUUGCACUUUUGUACAUAACUACAUCCGUGGUAGUUACUCAGAGGAGAUAAUGUUUUCCAAAGAUAAUUUAUUCUAUUUAUUGUUGGUCAACUUUCUUCAUUGUAAUCACAUCUUUACAGAUGUAGAUAUACACAGAAGCAAUGUUGUGUUUAUUGACAGAUAUGGUAUUUAAUAUAAAGUUGUUGCAUAUAUAUAUAUGCAGUUACAUCCUCCUUCUUUCCCCAACCCCAUCCCAUUUUGGUUUGUGAUCAAGUGUCUUUCCUUUAAAGUUCACAUAAGAGCAGACAGCCUCAAACCAUGGAUAAUUACAGUUUGCUGAAACAAUCUGUAAAUUUAGAGUGAUAUUCGUGUGGCCUUAGUUGUUUCAAACCUAGGAAAAAAAAAUCUAGAUUUAAAACAAAUUGCUUUCAGCUGUAAAUAUUGUAUUGAAUCAUGUCUUCUUUCUGUUUUGAAUGAAACAUUUUUGUAUUCAAAAGAUUCAGGAGUAGCUCUUAGAAGUGUCAUACCUGUUUUGAAAAUUCUGAAGUUCUUGCCAUGAACUCUUAAGCACCAGCUUGAUCACAUGUAUAUGGUAAAGAUAUAGCUUGAAACAAGUACUAUGUUCAGUUGUUUUUGUACAAGUAGAAUGCAGAAAAAGGUAUAAAGACAUGAAAGAUCGUGCAGGUAGCUGCCAUCAUGUACGGAGUUAGAUAAGUUACAGAGAAUGAAUUAAGUCUGUAUUUAAAAGAAUUUUUAGAUUAUCUAAACUAGCUCAGAUUUUCCAACAGUAAACUAAAUUUGCACAUAAAUAAAAAAUUAUGACAUGACAUACAGCUGACAGUCACAGACCAGUCUGCUGAAGUCCGAGGCAGCUCAAAUACUGAAGUAAAGGCUUUGGUAAUGGUGGCAUAUUUGACUUUAAAAUAAUAAAAUGUAUAUAUAGUUUUUCUUUCUCUUAAAUAUUCAUCCAGCCAAUUUAUUUAAUUCAAUUUUUUUUCCUUUCAGUACAUUAGGGAGAAAACCCUGCAUUCUUUCCUCUAGUUUCCCUUGCUCUGUUCAGUGGUUUAUUGUAGUAUGUGGAUAAUGGGUAGGUCGUAUGCUUUUUUUUUUUAACUCUAUACAAUGAUGCAAUGUUUUAUUUAAACUUAAAUGUCAGCUUUUUUUUUUUGUUUUUCUUUUUAUUCUGGUCAGAUUUUGAGUGUGAAACAAACUUUCUCAAAGCUUUAGGCAUUUGUGGCCAUAUAUGGAAAGAACCUGGAGUACAUUGAGUAAGGUUCAUUAGUACCAUUAUCACAUAUGGAAGUCAUCCUAACAUUUUAGAGGGCCUGUUAUAACCAGUGAAUAUGAAGUAAUGGAUACUUCAAUCAGAGCAAAGAGAAUACAAAAACAAAUGGAAAAAUACAUGGUUCCCUUUAGGCUAUUUUAAUGAGUUCUGAUGUUUGCACAGUUUAUCUAACCCAUGAAAACUGCACAUAUGAUGAAAAUUAUGUUGCUGUGUGCAGCUAUUCAGUAGAAAGAAAAUUCCCUAAUUUUUGUUUUUACAAACAUAUCUGCCAGAGGAGUUUUGCAUGACUUUUAAAAGAACUACAUUGCAACAGUCUCUUUAUACAUCUCUUUCUCUCUCUAACACACACAAAAAAAUAUCUGUUUGUGUUGCACUAAAUUUAGUUUUCUGCAUUCACAAUUGAAGUUUUUUAUUUUUGGUUUGAAUAUCCUCGAUAUAAUAUUCAGACUUUUUUUUAGUAAGCAUUUUCUUAUCCUGCCUUAAUGGAUAUAAAAAUUAUCUCCUUCCUACAACAGAUUGAUGUAAAUAUGCUGAAAAGAAGAGAUCAGUUGAGCUGAAAUCAUGGAACAAGAACUUUUAAUGUAAAACAUUACAUAUUUUGUUAAUUUUUGCACUUUGUUAAUAAUGUGACUGAAGAGUGUUCACCUCACAGGUUGCAGUUUUUUCCUCAUAUGUGGAAUCUCUUAGGCUACAUUUAUACUAUAGAUUUGUGUUAAUUUAACAAAUCGAUACUUUACGAUCAGACUAACAGAAAUCAAUAGCUAUGGUAAAGUGACUUACUAAAUUAAACAGCCACAAAUAAAGUGGUGCAAAAAAAAAAAUGUAUGUAGCUACAAAAUCAGCUAGAUUUACAACAUAAUGACUUUAAAAUAUUAUGUUACAGUUACAGUGACAAAAAAAUUUAAAAUGUGUAAUUUUGUAAUGUAGUGUAUUUGUAUUAUCGUUACCUUGCAUGUGUGCCAGCACAUGGUACACAUUUGGUUAAGUAAGGAAAAUAUACCAGCAGAGCUGAUAUUUAUUAAUGAUUCUGUAAAACCAGAGGGAUAUAUAUAUAUAUCAGAAUAUCAAUCCCAAAGCAGAUGAAACCAUAUUGUGCAAAUACUAUGACACUAAUGAUUCUACUUUCAGUUUAUAUAGCAGAAAUGAGAAAAAUGGUCCUUUGUUAACAAAAAUGAUCUCACUUUUAUGGUGUGUUUAUGGAAGUUAGGUUUUUGUAUUUUUUUUUGCAUGUGUAUAUGAGUGUGUGUGUUUCUAUGCACAUGUAAAUAUCCAUACCACUUCCAAUAGUUUUAAAAGGUUUAUGUCGUUAUCCCUGCACCACAAUGGCAAUUUCAUCAGUCCAUUUUUUAAGUACAAUUUUUCAUCUUUAAUUCCAGAAGAUGACUGUUACUGUGCUCAGAGAUUCAUCUUUUGCGAAGACUUUUUUUCAGAAAAAUCCCUUUGAGCAGAUGGUAGUAUAUUAUUUUAUUUGUAUAGCAGUAAAUAUUAAAGUGGCGAUUUAUAUAAGUUAUAAAAUAUUUCAACCGUCAUAUGAUCCAUGUUUUUUUAUGGGGUUAUUUUCCUUUUCUUUUUUAUUUUACAGUUGAUUGAUGUUUAAUUCUGAAACAGUUUGAAUGUAAAACAAACACUUAACCUUCAAGCACUCUCUAUAAUUAUGCCAGGUAUUGAUCGAGUGACAGCAUAGCAAUUUGGGUUCUUCCCGCCUGUGUUAGAGCUAACCAUUGAUAUGUAGUGAUGUUGAAUCAGUGCUGUGAUAGACCAGACGUUCUCUCUCUGUACCUGGAAACUCAAGUUUCUGUGAACUGUGACUCUUCCAUGUUUUAAUUCAUAAUCAGGUUUCAAUGGGCAUUGAUCUUUGGCCUUUUCUGUUGUGUCUUUACCACAAAUUCCAACCACUUUCUGGUCCCUUUGUAUUAACAGAAUUUCUAAUGUUUCUUAAGCAGUGCCACUAGCUAUUACCCUAAGCCUUGCAAAAGAAAAAAAUUACCUUGACCUCAAGCACACCAGAUGCAACUAUAAUAUAAUCAAAAGAUGUGUAACAAUACACACAAUUAUGUGACAAUCUAUUCAGAGACAACAGCAGUUAAGGCCUUUUUUCCAACUUUUAUUCUAUAAAAAUUUCUUUGGCAAAUUUCCCCAGCAUAUUUGAGAACACACUUGGUACUAUAAUUAUUUUUUCGAGAAAACAGCUGUUCCUCUCCCUCUACAACAUUAAGACGUGAUUAUUAGCCCAUCCAGUAGAUCAGGGGUGGGUAACCUUAUAACAUAAUUCGUGAGCCCUACAAAAUUACUAACUUAAAAAAAAAAUUCUAAUAUAUUUGGUAAAGCCGUUCAGAAGCCAGUGUGUUAACACUUUUCCAGCGUGUUGGCUUCCAUGCUACCUGGCACUGUCUACUGAGUCACCGCAAUACAGGCCGGCGGGCCUCGGGUGCUUGGAUGGAAAGACCGUCUUGGUGUGGUCUGCGCAUUUGUAUGAAAAAGUUCAUUACCGCUCUGAGCCUGAAGAAGGACGAAGCGUUAACAAGACUCUGUGCAAUAAGCUGUGGCCGACAAGUUACCUGGAUAUGGCAAUCAGGUUUCGCUGGCAGUAGAGGGACUGGACAACUCAUUUAAUUCUUGACCUCUCUUUUCAGUGCCAGCGAAACCUAAACGUCAUGUGCACGUAAAUUAUCGUCCAAUUCAUUUUUUAAUAUGCAGAUGAUAUGCAGGACGAUAAAUAAACUUUGCAGGCACAUAGUAGACCAUGCCAAAACUGUCAUAUUAACAGCCAUCGGGGUAGGUGACACCACCUGCGGUUGCUAUGUGCUAGGGCCAGACCAAUUAAUGAUUUCGCAAGUUUUAUACGGCCCUAGGACGCUUUCUAUCCUUGCAACAAACAUUACUAAAUCUCAUUUUAAAGUAGGGCAGGAAAUAAUUAAACAGGUACUUACCUCCCUUUCUCAUCGUGUAUCUCUUUCCAAAAGUGUGGUGCAAGCAUUUCAGUGAAUUCUUUGUGUACAUUGUUAACUAGAAAGUUAUUCUAUGCUUGCACUAUGUGCCGAUUCCCAGCUUUGUAACUUGUACUUUGUGAUUUCCCAUCCCCUUGUUGAACUUUCGAUUUUUACUUUUCACAGUACACGUUCAAAAUCUAGGAGGAAAAAAUUAAACUGGCAGCAGGAAUCUAUUUUAUGAAUUUCUUUUUUGAGUUUUUUUAAACAGGCAAAAUCAGUAUGCUCAUGGGACCAUGACAGCAGCAGUUGUGAAUCUGUCCUUUGUUGAUGAAAGCUAAAAAAUCUACCAGUUCUUCCAUGCAGUGGACAUUUUUUGGAUGGAAUCAAAACAAAAUCCUGCUAACAGGAUUAGCAUUAUGUGUAGAUCUUCAUUCAUGGCUUGUAAAAUACUUAAAAUAAUUUUUUUUCAGUUAGGCGCUUUGACUACAUAGCCCUAAAUUGUCCUGUAUAUAGAACUGUCAACUUCGUUAGGUAAAGGUUUACAGUUGACUGGGUGGUGAAUGCCAUCAGAACUGAUUUAUAAAUAAUUCAUUAGAGUACUGUCUUCAUUUUGUAGUCUAAGAGGUUGGAAAACAGAAUCCAGGAUUCAAUACGAAUGGGUGCUCCUCCCAUAUUUCUUUACUUUCUGUCCUAUUAAAUGCCAAUAUCAAUUUACCCAUUCAGAGGAAGGUUCAAAGUUUGACAUUGUAUUUUAAGAUGGCAUUACUUCAGCAAGUAAAAGAAUAAGCACCUUUUCAAGAGGAAACAUAGUUCAUGCUAAAUACUAUACUCUUUCCUCCAGCCAUUGCAUGGCUAUCAUGUACUUUGAUGCAAAUUGCUUUUACAAUUAAUAUUGUAAUUAUGUAUAUUUGUUACAAGCUUUGAAAGGGCUGUCUACUGUACCAAAUAAUAAAAACUAUACUGUUAUGAUUCAGUUAAUUGUAGCUUUAAAACACUCAAUUUUUAUUCCACCCUACAUUUUGGACUAUGUGAACUCUUCAUUCCUGUGUACACAAUUCAAUCUUGGCAUGUAGCACUUAGUACUGGGAUUAUGUUGAUGUACCUCACAAGGCAUUACAUUUAUUGAUCAAUGAUGGACAUGCCCAUUUGAAAUGUAUCCCAUCUUGUGACUAAAAUGAUUCAUCUUCAUCAAAAGUUUGCGAAUUUAUCAGUAAUGUAUUGGAAUCUAAUAUGUACUACGAACCCAAAUUAUGUGUCAAUCCCAGUUUCAUAUUUGAACUUUGUGUGGUUAGAAAAUGACUAGAAUUUCUUAAGGAAAAAAAUCAUUUCAUGUGGUUGCUAUUUUAUAUUUGUUCACAAUUUCCCAUCAAUAACAAUGUGAUUAAAGUUUAUGUGAUCACUUUUAACAA